AAUGAAUAAUUACAAUGUAGUAUGAAUUUGUUAUGAUGGUAAGAAUGAUAGAGGUGAACCUGGAGAACGACAGUGGGCAUCUAUGGUUUUGGAAUUAUUUGGAAAGGUGCGUGAUGUAAGGCCAUGUCUGCAACGGUUAUUCUCCUUGCUUCCAAGAUCAGAGCAUGCAAAUGUAGAGCAGCUGCUUUGUCGUUGCUCCAAUCUGAUCCAUCUUCACCAAACUCAAGCCUUCAUGCUUACCAGAGCUCUCGAGAAAGACCCACCAUCUUCCUCUACAACAACCUCAUCUAUGCUCUAUCUUCACACAAUCCCACUCUUGCCAUUUCUCUCUUCAACGCCAUUCGCCUCCAUGGCUUUCGACCCGACUCUUACUCUUUUCCUUUUGCUCUCAAGGCCGUUGCUUCUUCACCUUCCCUCCGUCUCGGCCGCCAGAUUCAUUCUCAAGCCAUUCUUUCCGGCUUCGCCACCCAUCCCACUGUCCUCACCUCCCUCAUUCACAUGUAUUCCUCCUGCGCUAACGUUUCCUCUUCCCGCAAGCUAUUUGAUGCCGCCGCUUUCAAACACGUUUCUCUCUGGAACGCUAUGCUAGCCGGUUAUGCCAAGCUGGGUGAUCUAUCCAAUGCCCGCAACCUGUUUGAAUCUAUGCUGAAAAAGGAUAGGGAUGUUGUUUCAUGGACUACUCUUAUUUCGGGAUACACGCACACUCACAGUCCUCAGCAGGCUAUCACGCUUUUCCGCACUAUGCUGCUCCACAACGUGCAGCCGGAUAAAAUUGCCAUUUUGGCUGUGCUCUCUGCGUGUGCCGACUUGGGUGCUCUCCAGUUGGGAGUGUGGAUUCACAACUACAUUGAAAAGCAUAAACUGCCUAAGAUUGUAUCACUUUAUAACUCUCUCAUAGACAUGUAUGCCAAAUCGGGUGACAUAAUUAAAGCACGCCAACUGUUUGAGAGUAUGGAGCGUAAAACGAUUAUAACCUGGACAACCAUGAUUGCUGGACUUGCUUUACAUGCUGGGAAAGAGGCCCUCGAGCUAUUUUCUUGCAUGGAGAAGGCUGGAAUCAGGCCAAAUGAAGUGACCUUUAUCACCAUCCUUUCUGCUUGUAGCCAUGCUGGAUUGGUUGAUCUGGGCCGCUAUUAUUUCACGUGUAUGAGAUCCAAAUAUGGAAUUGAACCAAAGAUAGAGCACUACGGGUCCAUGGUUGAUUUGCUUGGCCGUGGUGGCUAUCUUGAGGAAGCAAAGGAGCUAGUUAGGUUGAUGCCGUCUGAAGCCAAUGCAGCUGUAUGGGGAUCCCUUCUNGCUGCUUCANAUAGAUACGGCGAUGCUGCGCUGGCAGCGNAAGCUUUGCGCCAUCUAAGUGUGAUNGAGCCCCAGAAUUGUGGGAAUUAUUCUCUCCUAUCCAAUACUUACGCUGCGCUUGGUAGGUGGAAGGAAGCUGGUAUGGUGAGGAAGGUUAUGCGGGAUACGGGUAUGGAAAAGGUGGCAGGUGUCAGUUUUAUUGAGGUGAACAAUACAGUNUAUGAAUUCAUCGCGGGAGACAGAUUAAACAUCAAAUUUGUUGACAUUUGUCAUGUCCUACAAAGCAUAAACGGGCAACUCAAGAUGAUUGAUGUGAAAAGGGAAUCAUCCAUAGAACUAUAUUGAUGGAAGAGUUUAAAGCCUUGUGAUUUGAUGCUUCUAACUAUGAGUAGGCGGAUGAUAAAAUUGUAGUUUGAGUUGUAAUAUUUGUAUUUGAUAUUGUGAGUUAUCUUAGUUGGUUCUGAUCCUGUGUAGACAAAUAAUUAACAGUGAAAUUUUA